ACUCCGCACGAGCUCUCAACCUGAACUGCACCGUCGUCGUGCCUACAGCAACAUCUCCCCUAAUGGUUACUAAGCUGCGCGCAGCAGGCGCCUACGACGUGAUCUCCCACGGCGCCGCAUGGCGAGACGCAGACACUUACCUCCGCGAACAUGUCAUGCCCUACUACGAAGGCGCAACCAUCUACUGCCCGCCUUUCGACCACCCCGAUAUCUGGACCGGCAACAGCACCGUCAUGCACGAGAUCGCCUCUCAAAUGCCUAACGGCGACGCGCCCGAUGUCAUCAUCUGCUCUGUCGGCGGCGGCGGUCUGAUCAACGGUAUCUGCCAGGCUAUGGACUCAAUCAGCAUGACCACACCUACCAUACUCGCUGUCGAGACAGCGGGCGCAGAAAGCCUCGCUGCCAGUCUGUCGGCAAAGGAAAUCAUUACGCUCCCCAAGAUCACCUCAAAGGCGACAAGCUUAGGAUGUGCUCGGGUCACGGACAAGACGUUCACGUACUCGCAGCGCUCGAACGUCAGAUCUGUCGUUCUCCCCGACGGCGUCGCAGCAAUGGGAUGUUGGCGCCUCGCCGACGACGAGCGCAUGAUGGUCGAACUAGCCUGCGGCGUCAACGUCGCGCUCUGCUACGACGGGCGGUUGGAGAAGGCAUUGGGCCGCCCCGUCAAGCCUGACGACAAGGUCGUUAUUGUUCUGUGCGGCGGCAGUAAUGUCACAAGCGGUAUGCUGUGCGAUUGGAGGCAAGAGUAUCAGCAUAUCGUCGACAAGGAGCUUGAGCUCGAGAGGAGGGACUCGGCGUACACGAGUGCAGAGGCGAGUCCUAAGACUGCACCGACGGUACCGAGUGAAUUGGCUAUGCCGGUUAUUGAGGGUAUUGAGAUUGGCUCCUUAGCUGUGCGAGCUUGAGAAUGCCGGCAUGUUUACGAGUUUUCUUUCCACAUUCCGGAGUUUAGGAUAGCGAUUGAAAUAAGUCUCGCUUUUUAGUUUUAAUAAACAAUCAGUUUGAACCUGCUUCCACCAUAUCUCUUUCUCUGCUACGAAGUUCUCGCGCGUCCUUGCGUCGAGAUUCGUUAGUUGACACCCGCAGCACAAGGGUGUUGACUAACUCAAACACCCUUAUCUUCCUCCAACGCCUUCUUCAAUUCUUCAUCAGCCGCAAGCUCCUUCUCUGCGCCCUCAAUGACUCCUCUUAGCCCAUACGCACAUUUCUCAAGCUCAGCCUGCUCAUGCUCGUCGAGCUCGAUGGGCAUCGGCUUGACGAUACCCUUUCUGCCUACCACAGCCGGCAUCGAAAGACAGCAACCUAGCUCGGGCUGGUAAAACGAUACAGGACGCACAGAACG